AUUGAGAGCAGUUCGCUUCACCGCCAACCUCAAACCCUAAUUCGGAGAGAAGCAGAGAGGGAACGAAGGGGACGCCAUGGCGAGAAUUAAGGUGCACGAGUUGAGGCAGAAGAGCAAGGCUGAUCUUCAGGCACAGCUCAAGGAUCUGAAGGCGGAGCUGGCUUUGCUUAGGGUUGCGAAAGUCACCGGCGGCGCCCCAAACAAGCUCUCCAAGAUCAAGGUCGUGAGGCUCUCCAUUGCCCAGGUUCUUACUGUUAUUUCUCAGAAGCAGAAGGCGGCGCUGAGAGAAGUUUAUAAGAACAAGAAGUAUUUGCCUCUCGAUCUCCGCCCUAAGAAGACUCGCGCCAUCCGACGCCGCCUGACCAAGCACCAGGCGUCGCUAAAGACGGAAAAGCAAAAGAAGAAAGAGAUGUAUUUCCCCAUGAGGAAGUAUGCCAUUAAGGUUUGAUUAAUUUUGUGUUCUUGAAGCUGUUUUUCUUUUGUUUCCGUUGCUCGGAUAUUUGUUUACUCUUUUUUUGCGGAAGAGUUAAGAGAUUUCUAUUUAAAAGUGAUUAUGAUGUUUGGAUUUA